AUGCAAAUCAACAUCAAGACCUUGUCAGGCGGUAUCAACAAGUUGGAUGUGGAAGAAACAGACAAGAUCACCUAUCUGAAACAACUCAUCCAAGAAAAAGUGGGUAUUGCUGUGCCACAACAAAGACUCGUCAUGAACGGAAAGAUUUUGCCUGAUGACAAGACUGUUAAAGAUGUUGGUCUUAAAGCCGGAGAUACUGUUCAAUUGAUUUUGCAAUUGAAGGGAGGUCGUUUUUAA